GAAGCCCCAGCAGCAGCUGGACGGGCUCUCGAACCGGCGGGGGUACGGUAUCCGACGUCGACGACGGGGUACGACGGCCUACGGUGCCGGGUCGUCCGCCGCAACAGCAGCAGCACUUCGCGGCCGUCGUCGUCAUUCGUCAGUAGUCAGUACUCGACACCCAGUACUCGUCACUCGUCACUCGUCACUCGUCCGUCGCGUAUUGUCGCCUGCAAACGGUCGGCAAGGGAUCUCCACAUACCCCUCGAAAUAUAUCAUCCAUAUUAUCCGCAUUCCCGAGUGACGAGUGUGGUUUUUUUUUUUGAAUUUUCGUUCAUAGGACCAGCAGACGGACGACGACGAUUCGUAUUUAAUUAUAAUAUUAUAAAUAUACCUACCAACGUAUUGUUAUUUUUUGUAAACCGCAAUAAACACAACCGCUAUUGCAUCGUUCUUCAACAUUGGUCUCGGCAGCGGCUUAUUCGACCUAAAAAUCGAAAACUUCAUAUAACCACUUCGGGGAAGUUUGCGGUCAGCUGCAGCAGGACCAUAACGUGGCCGGGUCUCCACCACUGCCAAGCAUAGAGCUUACGCGAUAAUACUAUGGCAUUAAAUCAUCAAAGAUAUACAGAUAAAUGGUGGGAAACAGAGUACAGUGACAACAUACACUCAUAUUUACAGUACCAUGAAGUUAAAUGGAGGAUGGUAUAUGGAGCCAGAUCGCCACAAAUUCAUUUGCGACCCGUGUUGUUAAAAACCAUUAGAAGUAUAGCCAAGACAUGUGAAAUUUCAAAUGUAUGUGUUCAUUUAGCCGUCACUCUGAUGGAUUUAUUUAUGGAUAACCAUGAUCUAAAAUUUGAUACUAUCAUGCUAGUCUCUUUUGCAUGCUUAACAUUAGCUGCAAAAAUUGAAGAACAUUGCUUAAAUAUACCAAAGUUAAAAACCAUGCAAAAUGUCAUUAGUAAAGAUGUAACAAACUCCCAUUUUCGUAAAGUUGAGAUGAAAAUUUUAAUGUUUUUUGAGUUCAAUGUUGCAGUACCUACAGUUGCACAUUUCAUUGAAUUUUAUAAAGACCAUUUUUACUGUGAUAAUGAUUUUUAUCAUAAUGAAUUUGCAUGUAUUUUAAAAGAUAAAUUCAAUAAUAUGAUAAUUUCAUACCAGGAUGUGUCGUUGGAAAGCAUAAAACUAAUAUCUUAUAAUCCAUCAAUGGUUGCAGCGAGUAUUAUUUUAACUACUAGGCACACAUUAGGAUUAGUACCAUGUUGGACUGCACAAUUACGAAAAGUGACGGGAUACUUAAAAAAAGAUCUUGUGCAGUGUUGUUCUCUAUUAGGAAGAAAUGUAAUGCAGCACAGAAAGCUUGUGCCUGUAGAUGAAGGAUAUCUUAGUUCUUCUCCAGGUUUUCAAUCUCCAGUUAUCAUGGCAAGUAAAAAGAAAAGAAGUCACAUUGAUGUACCAAAUGUAAUUUUAUCAAAACGAACAGCAUUCUAAAAUUUUUACAACUGUGAUAAGUUAUCCUACAAAAUUAUUCCUAUUUUCCUAGUUGUGUCAUUUCACAAUGCCUAUCCUAAGUUAUUUAUUUGUUUCUACUAUUUAAAAAUAUAUUGUGAUAUUUAUUCAUAAAGCUCAAUUUAUUUUAUGAGACUGAAUUCUGUUUUGUUUUAUUGGGUAAUUUAUAAUUAUUAUUUUUUUUUGUUGUUAUAAACUUAAAUUUUUAUUUAUUUAUAUUUAAUUGUUUGUGUAGAUAAAACUAGUUAAAAGUGUAUUCAAUCAUUUAUUAUGCAAUUGUUGUCAAAAUUCCAAAAAGGUAGAUUGAAUAUAAUUGUAAAAUACAAUUAUGUUAACUAAAAA